ACUGAGCUGAUAAUGUGCUAUCAGAGCAAGGAGGACACUAUAUAGAGGGGCUCCCCUCUCUGCUCUCAGCAAUUCUGCAACUUUGCACUCUCUUGGAAUCAUCUUGUUUGCUCUGCUGUUUCUACUUAGUUUGCUGUCAUCAGAAGGAGUUCGUUGAGAUAUUUCCCAAAAGGACCCUAUAAUCCACCCACAGGACGGCACUGUAAAGAGGGCUUUUUCUUCUUCAGAACUGUGGGGAAAAAUGAACGGGCCUGCAGCUUCAAGCCUGCUCUUCAACUGCUCAAAUCAAUCAAAUUUCAGUUUGGAAACAUCAGAGCAAUGUGGCAAAGAGACACACCUUGAGAACAUGAUUUUUGCCACUUUCUACUUUCUGGAUUUCAUCCUGGCUUUCGCUGGCAAUGCCCUGGCUCUUUGGCUUUUCAUCCGGGACCAGAAGUCAGGCACGCCUGCCAACAUCUUCCUGAUGCAUCUUGCUGUGGCUGACCUGUUCUUUGUGCUGGUACUCCCCACCCGGCUGGUGUACCAUUUUUCUGGUAACCACUGGCCAUUUGGUGAGAUCCCAUGCAGACUCACUGGCUUCCUUUUUUACCUCAACAUGUAUGCCAGCAUCUACUUCCUGAUGUGCAUCAGUGUUGACCGUUUCCUGGCCAUCGUGCACCCGGUGAAGUCCAUCAAGCUCCGCAGGUCCCGCUAUGCCCAUGUGGCAUGUGUCUUUCUGUGGGUCAUCGUUGGGGUGGCAAUGGCACCUCUGCUGCUCAGUGUGCAGACUGUCCAGAUGAAAAACACAACUGUCUGCCUGCAGCUCUACAGAGAAAAGGCCUCACGCCACGCCCUUGUGUCCUUAGCAGUGGCAUUCACCUUACCCUUUGUGACUACUGUGACUUGCUACUUACUCAUCAUCCAGAGCCUGAAGAGUGGGAACAGAGUUGAGAAACAUCUGAAGGAAAAAGCUGUCAAAAUGAUCAUCAUGGUCCUGAUGAUCUUUCUAAUUUGCUUUGUGCCUUACCAUGUCAAUCGCUUCAUUUAUAUUCUCCAUUACAAUGGGAGCAGAGCUUCCUGUGAAACGCAGCGUCUCCUGGCCCUCAGCAACCGCAUCACCUCCUGCCUCACCAGCCUCAACGGGGCCUUCGACCCCAUCAUGUAUUUUUUUGUGGCUGAGAAAUUCCGUGAGGCUUUGUGCAAUCUGUUUUGUAUUAAAAAGACCAUAAUGCUGCCUCAAACAUAUGAGGGUAAGACAAAUGAAAGCUCACUAAGUGCUAAAUCUGAACUGUGAACAUGACUCUUGUCAGCGUCAGUGCUUCAUCUUAAGAACACUCUCUUCCACCAAAAUCAGCUGAGAGCACAAAUAUGCAGCAAGACAGUCCAACCAGAGUCAAACUCAUCCUGAGAAGGGAAGUUCUGUUGUUUUUAUGGGGCUGCCAUUAACAAGAGCCCCCUUGACCAUAGAGAACACGUGUAUUAGUGUUGCUGAAACUGCAAACAGAAGGACAGUUCUUCUGGUUUCCAAGAAAUGAAACUGAGGGUUGAGCACUUAGGAAUGAACCCAGCCUGGAUAGGAAUUAAGAUAGAAAAGAUUCCUAGCUUUAAGAUGGUUUACAGCUCUUUUUUGUGAUUUACUCCUUUACUAUGGAUAAGACUACUCCUUCACUACAGACAAAGUAGGGAUUAUCAUUAUUCUUAUUGUUACAAAUUGCAUCCAGCAGAACAUGCCUGGGAGUGACAGGCAGACUAGGGCAGACCAGGUACAAUGAAAAGGGAAAAAACUCACAAGUUUCCAACAAGUAUUUACCAUUGAAAACUGCUUCAAUGCUAUGGAUAUAAAUACUACAGGAAAUCAUGUGACAGGUGAAACAUAUUGUUACAGAGAUACACACACCUAUCUCCCUGCUAUGCUUUAGGAACAAGUUCCUUACCAUUUUAGAUUUGGUCCACAAAUUACAAAAUCAAACAUACUUUAUCCUGCUUGAACUGCUUUUAUCCUGCUUCCCCAAAACACCCUAAGUGCUAUUCCAGCAGCCCAUUCUAGCAAAAUGAGACGCCAAAAGAAAAUCAAUUAUACCCAGCUCAAAAAACUAAGGCACAGAGGUUGCAAGCAGUAUGAAAAAUAAGAGGGAGCUGAGAAGACUCCCUGCUGGACAGAUACAAGUAUAUGACCUUUUCUUCCUCCCUUCACCAUUUAGUUAGUGAAAAUAUAAACUCUAGGAAACUACUAGGCUUUGCUCAUAAUAUAUGAAAGCCUAAAAUUAACUCUGAAUUGUGCAACACUGCUAACUGCUGGACUGUUUUAUUUUCUUAUACUGAUAGCUUUUGUAUAAGCUCUCUUUUGUGUUUUUAUUUCUUGUUUCUGGAUUAAAUGCAUUAAUCGACCUCUAGGAUUCAUUUUGUAUUUCUGCAUUUAAAAUAAAUGAUUUCUGAAGACCAGUGGAAUCCCAGGCUGAAAAGACUUUGCUGUAAUCAUUGUGUUAUUCUUUUGGCCUUUUGCUACAUCUUGAUUUCCUGCUCAGAGGCUUAUUGAUAAACAGCCUGCCCAAGAUCACCUAAUCCCUUUUUCUCACUUAUUAUGCAGCCUUCUGUCUGAAAUCCCUUUCUCUUCCAGAACAUAUUCACUAGCCACUAAAAUUUGAGUUUCUUGUUGGAAACAAGAACAUGUUUCAUUGGAUGAAGAACUUCUCACCUAACAAGUUAUUCCUAAAGUUUCUUCUGUACCUUUUCAAGCUUUCCUUCUCAAUGUAAAACUAACUGACCACCCUUUGCAUCUCACAGCUGUAUCAGUAACACACUGAUAAAACUUUC